AUGGCGCCUCCACCGCACUCCAAACCGGAGAAUACACUGAAACGUGCCCAAGAACUCAUCGGAGUUGAGCAGCAACAGGCUGCCCUCCAGCUACUCCACGAACAUGUCACCUCGAAGCGCACCCGCAACAGCCCCAUCGCCUCGCUCGAGCCUGUCAUGAUCCUCUUUGUCGAGCUCUGUGUCGACCUACGCAAGGGAAAGCUGGCCAAAGACGGCCUCUACCAGUACAAGAACACCGCCCAGAACACCAACGUUGGUACCAUCGAGACUGUCUUCAAGCGCUUCAUCGAACUCGCCGAGCAAAAGGUCACCGAGGCCCAGGCCAAGGCAGACGAGGUUCAGUCCUCGCUCGAGCCCUCUGAUGACAAGAAUGUCGACGAUCUAGAGGCUACCGAGACUCCCGAGUCGAUCCUCCUCUCCACCGUUUCUGGAGAGCAAUCGCGCGACCGCACCGACCGUGCCAUCGUAACACCAUGGCUCAAGUUCCUGUGGGAGACCUACCGUACGGUCCUGGACAUCUUCAAGAACAACGCCCGCCUCGAGCUCAUGUACCAGUCGACCGCCCACCAGGCCUUCCAGUUCUGCUCCAAAUACGCCCGCAAGACCGAGUUCCGCCGUCUCUGUGAGCUGCUCCGCAACCAUUUGCAGAAUGCCGCCAAGUUCUCCUCCCAGAUGCACGCCAUCAACCUGUCUGAUCCAGACACCCUACAGCGCCACCUAGACACCCGCUUCCAGCAGCUGAACGUGGCCGUUGAGCUUGAGCUGUGGCAGGAGGCCUUCCGCAGCGUCGAGGACAUCCACACACUGCUCAGCUUGAGCAAGCGCCCAGCCAAGAACAUCAUGAUGGCCAACUACUUCGAGAAGCUCACCCGCAUCUUCUUGGUUAGCGAGAACUACCUCUUCCAUGCUGCCGCUUACAGCCGAUACUACAACCUCCUUCGCCAGUCCGCUGCGGCCGUUGCAUCUGGCCAGAGCCCCAAGAAGGACAACCCUGCUGUCACGGAAGCCGACAUGACCAAGGCUGCUUCGUUUGUCCUCCUCUCCGCUCUCGCCAUCCCUGUCAUCAGCACUUCCCGCUCUCGAGGUGCUCUCGUUGACGUUGAUGAGGCGAGGAAGAACAAGAACUCGCGCCUCACCAACUUACUCGGCAUGUCCCAGGCUCCCACUCGUGCUAUCCUCUUCAAGGACGCUCUCAGCAAGGGUCUGCUCAAGCGUGCCCGCCCUGAGAUUCGCGAUCUUUACAAUAUUCUCGAGGUCGACUUUCAUCCCCUCUCCAUUUGCAAGAAGAUCUCCCCAAUCUUGUCUCAGAUCGGCGCUGAUGAGGGUAUGGAGAAGUACGUUGGCCCGCUCCAGCAGGUCAUCCUUACCCGCCUGUUCCAGCAACUGUCCCAAGUCUACGACUCUGUUGAGAUCAAGUUUGUGCUUGGCCUCGCCCAGUUCCCCGAGCCAUUCCACGUCAGUGCCGGUACCAUUGAGAAGUUCAUCAUGAACGGAUGCAAGAAGGGCGACCUCGCCAUCCGCACCGACCAUGCCACUGGUGUGCUCACCUUCGAUUCUGACGUCUUCUCCUCUGCUAAGGCUAUGCACCCCGGUUCAGGUGCCGGAUCGGCCGAGACUGAGUCUCGCUCUGUACAGCGUCUGCAAAGCACCCCAGCUGAGAUUGUCCGAUCUCAGCUCACUCGUCUCGCUAAAUCACUCUUCGUCACUUGCCAAUAUGUCGAUCCUUCGUUCAACUCGGAACGGCAGCGCAACAAGGAAGCCGCUCUUGCACGAGCCAAGGAAGGCGCCGAGAAGGAGCACCAAGAGAUUCUCACCCGCCGCGACAUCAUCUCCCAAAAGAAGGAGGCUGCGCUCAAGGCCCAACAGGCUAAGGAGAAUGAAGAGCAGACCAAGAGGCUCAUUCGCCAACAGCAGAUCAAGGACGAGGAAGCUCGACGCCUGGCCGAAGAGCAGAAGCAACGUGCUGAACAGCGCAUCAAGGCUGAACAGAAGCGCAUCCAACGUGAGGAGAUGGAGAAGCAAAUCAAAGAGCUCAAGGCGACUACCAAGGUCGACAUUGAGCUUCCUGAGGAUCUUGAUGAUCUCGACUCACAGAGAAUCCGCUUCUUGAAGCUUCAAGCUCUCGAAAGGGAGAAGAGUCAGCUCGGCGAGCAACUCCGCAUUGCCGGCAAGCGUAUCGAUCAUUUGGAGCGAGCCUACCGCAAGGAAGAGAUUAAGCAUCUCAAGACUGACUACGAGAAGCAGCAGGAAGAAGAUCUCGCAGCAUAUGAAAAGUCCAAGGCUGAGGAACUCAAGGAGUCAGAAGAGAGGCACAAGGCGGACGUCGAACUCAAGCAUCGUCUGUCAAGGCUGGUUUCCCCCUACCAGACCUUCGUCAAGACCGUCAAGGAACAGCGCAAGGCUGAAUUCGAGAAGCGACAGAAGAUCGCACAGAAGGAACUCGAGAGCAAGAAGGCCGCACGUGUCAAGGAGGUCAAGGAGCGUAUCGCUAGGGAGAAGAAGGAACGCGAGGAGGCCGAACGCCGCCAGCGAGAGGAGGAAGAGCGCGAGCGGGAGGAAGCCGAAGCUAAGGCCAAGGCUGAUGAGGAGAAGCGUGCGAGAUUGGCGGAAAUCAAGGCACAGAGGGAGGAAGAGCGAGCGUCAGUAUCACCCGUGGAUUUCCACAGCCAUACACUAAUGAUUUGCAGUGCCGCUAUGGAGCAAGCGCGUCUUCAGGCUCAGCGCGAGGAAGAGGCCAUGGCCAAGCGGAAAGCUGGUGCCGGUGCAGCUCGUGCUGUUCCGGACCGAACGUUCUCUCGCGAGCCAGCUGCGGAGCCUUCUUCGGCUUCUGGCCCUCCAAAGAUUGCCCUUCCUGGUGGCAAGCCCAGUUGGCGAGAGCGUGAGGCCAUGAAGGCCGCGGGACAGGCUCCUCCCCCUGCAAGCUCAUCUCCAGCGCCCGCACCGGCAGCUGCUUCACCAGCCCCUGAGACCGACGCCCCCAAGAGAGGCGGGUACGUCCCACCAGCUCUCCGCCAGGGAGGCGCUCCUGGAGGUGGAUGGCGCGAGCGAGAGGGUAGCGGCAGCGGUCGCGCGCCUCCUGCCCGUGCCGAGCGCCCUGAGCGCACCGAGUCUCCUGUUACUGGUGGCCGAUUUGAGGCUGCUCGCGGAGGAGACCGAUGGGGUUCGGACAGGAAGGCAUCGCCUGCCAACGCCGGUGGCUAUGUCGCCCCUGGUGCCCGCAGCAGUGCACCAGCCCGUGAGGGUGAAGGCGAGCGUGAGUCUAGGCCUCCUGCGCAAGCACCGGCUGGUGGAAAGUAUGUCCCUCGUCAUUUGAGGGACAGGCAGUAG